AUGCAGCAGAUCCGACAGGCGCCGGUCAGAGAGUUUGCCGUUAUGAACGGCUUUCCUUUGACAACCGACAUGAGCGCAGCAAUCCUGCAGUUUGGCCAGCUGCGAAGACUGGGGCUGCAUCAGGUGGAUUGGCAAUCGCUGCGGGAGCUCCUAGUGCCAUUGGCAGAGCACUGCCCCGACAUCGAGGAGCUCUGGCUCCUCGACAUCAACGUUCCUGAAGAAGGCGGAGAAGUCUUUGUGGAGGCGCUGCGCAGCUUGCGCCUCCGCGAGCUCCAUAUUAAAAAAUUGUCGCCGGCGAGCGUGGAGCAGAUGCUGGUCGAGGCACUGCCAGAGCUUGCUCAGCAGAGCGAGAGAACGCUGCGGAGCCUCGAGUGCUGCGGAGUACUGGGCAGCCAGAGGCUUCUCUCAUUGGUGGCUCGGGCUCGGAAGCUGCGGCGGCUCUUCGUCAACGCAAGCGAGACCAAAGAUGCGAAGGGCAACCACAAGGAGGUCUGCCCCGAUUUCGGUGGUGGACAGGAGGAUCUAUUGCUCAAAGUCAUCACGAGGUGCCCACACUUGGAGGCUUUCUCCAUUGAUUGGACCAGGCCACCGCCACCAGAGGACGAGCCGGGUGAAGCGGAGAGGACGAAGGCUUUAGUGAAGGCGUUGCAGCUCGGCCGGAAGUUGUGGGACAUGAACUGCAUCAACGUCAGCUUCUACACGGGGUUGCAGUACAGCGACGGUCAUGUGUUCACUCCACAGCCUGAUUCGGACUCCGACGAUUAG